UGCACGUUGUGAACGAGGAGCCCGAGAGGAUGGUCGGAGAUACAGCUAGCUAGGAGUGUGUUGCAGAAACAGUACAGCGAAGUGCAUGCAUAAGCCUACUGUGCAUAAUAUGUAUACAGUUUGUUGUUGUUGCUCCAACUGGUUUACAGAUGCGAGCUCAGCUCAGUGACUGAGUCACUAUUUAGACUUAGAGUUCGACAAGCUCAAACUGAGUCCAAAUAUCAGGUGAAUAUGUCGGAAUCUGUCCAACGAAUGGACGAACUCAUCAGAGAUUAUCUACUUUACCGAGGUCUGACUAAUUCACUGAAGAGUUUUGAUGCGGAAUUGAAGAAUGACAAAGACAAGGGAUUUCGGGCAGACAAGAUCCUGGAACAGCUUUUAGGGUUUAUCUCAACCUUUGACCUCCUUGGUCUGAAGAACUACUGGGAGCACUUAGAAAGGAGGAUCUUUUCUCAUCUUGAGUACACCCAUGCUCACAAUGUCAACAAAUUACGUAUCAGUGUUCUUAGGCUAUAUGUGGUGAAUGCAAUCCAGUCAAACAGAACAGACAGAGUGACUGAAUUCUUUGAGAAGUUGAUUCCAGAGAUACAGAGCCAGGUUGAGUGGAAAGAAUGGUUUGUCUUGCCGUACUUGAGGAACCCGGAGCAGAGUCCUCUAUUUUCCCUCUACUUCAGCAAGCAGUGGGAAGAGACACUCAAGAUAUCACUUCAUAACUUCCUCAGCAUCAUCUUUCAAUCGAUGCCCUUGCCCAUUCUUAUGAACUUUGAUGCUGAACAUCAGAAGAUUGUUGACCUUCAGGAGGAGAAUGCCAAGUUACAAGAUCAAGUGAUCAAGCUCACCGAUCAGGUCGCCAAGUAUGAGGACCAGAUGGGCAGACUACAAGAACAGGUGAGACAGCUUUCUUUGAAUGAGAAAUCUGAGUCUCCAGAUGUUUCUGAUCAGUCCAGUAACUCUGGUACCGGGGAAUCCCAAGCACCCCCGCUCAAGAGUUCUCUGAAAGCCACCUCCAAGAAAUCCCCAUCCCCUAACGUCGGACGAAGGCUCCUUUCGUCGUCAUCAUCCACCCCAGCAACCGUGGGAUCAAAGACUGUGCGGGGCGCCCUCUCCUCCUUACUGGGUCCAAAGAAGAACCAGGACCAGUCCCAACAAGUGUCCAAGACCAAGGAGGGAGGAGGGGGAGGGGGUAGCAGUGUUGGUGGUGGUGGUGGUGUUGGUGGUGGUGGGAAAAAGGUGGACUUUGCAUCAAGCUCUCCUACUCACCAACCUGCACAGACCAGCUCACAGAAUCAGGUCCGUCUCCAGCAGCAGCAUGCUCAUGACAAGCAGAGACAGGAACUGUUUUCUAAGUCACAGCAGAGCCAGACACAGCAGAGCCAGGCACAUCAUGCACCAAAAGCUGCAGAGAAAACUCCAAGUGGUGUAAAGGAGGUUGAAUUGUCAAGCUUCGUUUCUUCGAAACCUGAAGCAAGUCAGGGUUCUCCCUCACAUGGAUCUCAACCUCCUAAUGUCUCUAAGAAGCCGUCGCCAAGCUCUACUUUCUUUCCAGGAGAAGAAGAAAGCCUUGGAACAUUCCUGAUCUUGAGUCAAGAUGAGUACACAGAGCACCAUUCCUCUAUUACAUACAGUAGAUUUUCACCAUCUUCGACGUCGGUAGCUAGCAUGGAUAUCGAUGGAGUAGUCAAAGUUUGGAAGACAACGCCUAAUCCAACCACCCUAGCAACAAUAAUGUUUAAAGCACCUCUCCUUUCUCUGGAAUGGGUCCCUAAGACAGAUAGAAUGCUAAUCCUUGGCAGUUCAGUUGGUUCUAUCAAGCUCUAUGACUGUGAUGGAAAGAAACCUAUCAAAGAAGCUGAGAUGGACGCAGGAUUUCCUAGAGUUGUGUCCAUUGCAUGCAACCCCAGUGGUACCACGUUCGUCUGUUCAUCAGCGAGCCAAGUAGCAGAGUGGGGAUCUGAUCUCAGUAAGCCAGGCUCCCCUCUCCAUGGGGCGUGCAAACUCACCACCUGGGAUCUCAAGACCCUCAAAUUACAUAAAGAGCUUCCGCUGGCAAGAAGUGCUGGUUGUAUAAACUGUACCUCCUUCAAUCACAACGGUAAUCUGCUUGUCACAGGAGCUGGGGAUGGAAUGGUCCGAUUAUUUGACAUCCAAAGACAGGAGUGUUUGUUGAGUUGGAGAGCACACCAGGGUCAAGUGUAUGCUACUCAGUUCAGUCCAGCAGAGACCUCUGUCUAUAGCAUGGGAUCAGAUGGGAAGUAUACUGAAUGGAGUAUACACAAAGUGGGACAGAAGCUGAUGGAUAUGCCCAUCCACGACGGAGCUACCGGUCCGUUCGUGGUAUCAGGUUUUGGUGGAUAUAGGCAGCAGCAGAACCCAAGAGGAAAGCUCUUUGCUUUUGAUUCCAGUGGGAACUACGUACUGACAUGUGCUCCACAUGGAGGGGUCAUAUACAAGCUUAACAAAGAGAAAGGGAUGCUACGCACACUAACCAUCCUUGGACACCGAACACCUGUCGUCAGUGUCGAUUGGUGUACAACGCUUAACACCGGAGUGUGCUUGAGUGGAUCCAUGGACGGCAGGGUCCAAGUUACUACUUUACUUAGUCAAUAAUCCAAUCUAAUUCACAACUUUUGUUCCGGGGGCCCGUCUGAUAAAGAUUUGCAAUUGGUCCAAGCCAAUCACAAGUCCUAACCAUUAAAAAAUGUACUACAGUCAAACCUGUCUAUAGCGACCGCCCAAGGAAAACACAAAAAGUGGUCUUUGUAGACAGGUUCCUUUAGUUCAUGUUUCA